AUGGACCCCUCGGAUGCUUCUGACCCCGGGCUAAAGCCAAGCCAUCUAGCCGGGUCUGAUGAGUGCGGACAUACCAAUCUGACUGCGGGCGGACCCGUCACAAUUGACGAUCUUAAUACAGCGGCCGCGGUAGCCAUAGAAACUGAUAUGACUGCGCUCAAUAUAUCGACUAUGUUGACCGCGGAGGCUAGGGAGCUGUCAAUCCUGAUGGAGAUCAGGAGUACGCUCUCUAAAGAGGAAGCCAGCAUCAAGCGGGUGAAGGCGGAUGGCGUGAGGGAGGCGAUCAACAAGAUCACCAAUCUGCUGAACAUCGUCCUGACGGAAAGAUCAAGUCUCAGGAAAGCCAGGAGGAUGCUUGUUGAGGCAGUGAAGACGAACGGUCCGUCACAACGUGACGUCAACAUACUAGCCGUGGUGACGGAGUCUCUUGCCCGACAGGAAGCAGGCAUUGCGGCCCACUCGCGGCAGCUUGAGAAGAUGGAAGGGAUACUUACUUCCCAGGCGAAACCCGUUGAGUUGACCAAGCCGCGAGGGCUCGCGGACGGUAAUCAGGAGGAGUGGACUGAUGUGGUGAAAAGGCGGCCUAAGAGCGACGGCCCUGUCGACCAAAAGAAAGAAUCAUCGCAGGCUCAAAAGAUUGCGAGGCCGAGGAACCCAGCAAUCUUAAUCCGGACGGAUGCUAAAGCUUUUCCAGCUCUAGCGAAGAAGUUGCGAGGCGACUCUAGUAUCGCUCCGGGGAAAAAAUAA